AUGAGCGAGAAGAUUUUAAACUUAGAUUGCGCGAUCGAACAAAACGCCGUAUUGAGAACAUUAGGUGUCGUGUGGAAUUCAAACCGAGACGAAUUGGUUUUUACCGUGAAACCACUCGAUUUGUCUACAAGGGUAACGAAACGCAACAUCUUAUCCGAAAUCGCAAGGAUAUUUGAUCUUCUCGGUCUGCUCGGCCCGGUAGUAUUAUACGCGAAAAUCAUAAUGCAAAAAUGUUGGUUAGAUCGAUUAGAAUGGGACGAGUCAGCGUCUCAGGAAUUGCACACGGCCUGGUUGUCAUUCGCUCAGUUGGGAAGUAUCCGCGAUUUAGCCGUGGACCGACGAUUGCUGAUGGAUAACCCGACUCAAAUCGAACUCCACGGCUUCUGCGACGCGAGUCAAAGGGGUUAUGGAGCUUGCUUCUACAUCCGUUCUUCUAACUCACGACAAGUGAAAACUCGCUUAGCGUGUGCGAAGUCGCGAGUCGCACCCUUAAAGAAUUCAACUAUUCCUCGUCUCGAGCUCUGCAGAGCAUUAACCCUCGUUCGACUAUACAAGGAAGCCUGCGCGAAUUUCGGUCUUGAAUUCGACAGAGUAAUCUUCUGGUCUGACUCCUCCAUCGUAUUGUAUUGGAUCAAAAAGAAUUCUCAGAGCUUAAAGGUAUUUGAAGCAAAUCGCGUAGCCGAAAUUCAAACCGUCGGAAACGCGGCGGAAUGGAGACACGUCGGGUCGAAAGAUAAUUCCGCGGACGCGUUGUCCAGAGGACAACUUCCAAAUGAUUUCGUUAAGAAUCAAACGUGGUUCCAUGGUUUUCCGUGGUUAUCAUUACUCGAAACCGACUGGCCCGCGAAUUUAGAAAUUAACGUUCCUGACUCAUUGGAUUCCGAACCAGACGUCUGUCUCAAGUCGAGUGCAACGCCGUACAGCGAGUUCGAUCGAUGCUCGUCAUCAUAUAAUACGUUAAUUAACGGAGUGGCGCGCGGUCUACGAUGGCUCCCUGCUAAAUAUAAAGGGGCGGGAAAUUCGGGAAAAUUGCUUAACGUUAAAGAACGAAACGAAGCGGAGUUACGUAUUUUGAGAAUAAUUCAGCGCGAGAAUUUUUCGGUCGAAAUUAAACGACUCACAACGUCGCGAGAGACUAAAACGGGCGAGAUCACAAUGUCCUAUCGAAAGAGCAUCAGAUUUGACGAACUGAAUCCCUUCAUCGACGAACGCGGAUUGCUACGCGUUGGGAGGCGGUUAUGA